AUGAGUAGUUUGAGCAUGAUUGAGUCAAAGCUGCCGCCGGGGUUUAGGUUCCAGCCAAAAGAUGAAGAACUGAUAUGCGAUUACUUGAUGAAAUGGGUAACAGGUUGCAGCCAACAAACCCCUCUGUUAAUUGAAGUUGACCUAAACAAGUGCGAGCCUUGGGAAGUUCCCGAAUUAGCAUGUGUAGGAGGCAAGGAGUGGUAUUUUUAUAGCCAACGCGACCGGAAAUAUGCAACCGGACUAAGAACAAAUCGGGCUACGUUAUUCGGUUACUGGAAAGCGACCGGGAAAGAUAGACCGAUUUUUCGAAAACGAGCCCUAGUUGGGAUGAGAAAGACAUUGGUAUUCUACCAAGGUAGGCCUCCUAGAGGAAGAAAAACUGAUUGGGUCAUGCAUGAAUUUCGGCUUGAAGGACCAUUUGGCCCUCCAAAAUUAUCUCCCAUACGGGAGGAUUGGGUUUUAUGCAGAUUGUUCUACAAAAAAGGAGAAGUUGAAGCCAAACAAGAAACUGGAAGCACCUACGAAAAAGAAAUUACAACUUCUUCUUCUCUUCCUCCAUUAUUGAAACCCUGUGCCACCUUUAACCAAAAUAGUAAUGAGCAAGUGCCCUGCUUCUCCAUUUUGACCCAAAACCAAAAUAAUUUCUCACAAAUCACAGAAUCAUCCAACAAAUUCCUGCCCAUAUCUGGAGGGUUGCCUGCAGAUCAUAAUCUUGGAAUGUAUUCAUCAUCAUCAAACGCUGAUCAGACGGUGAUCAAAGCUCUAUUCUACGAUCUUACCAAAAGGGAGUUCUCCCCAAGUUUUGGGGAUGGAAGUUCAAUCAGUUAUCUAUCUGAAGAGGGAUUGCAGUCUUCCAUGUGGAAUCAUUACUGA